UACAAAAUAUGAGUAAGUGCUGGAAGUUCCAAAUUUGUAGAUUUCGCAAAUUACGUUGAAGUCAUGAUAGCUAUUGGAUUUGAAGGCAGUGCUAAUAAAUUAGGAAUAGGAAUCAUUCGAGACAAUGAAAUUCUAUCCAACGUGAGACAUACGUACAUUACACCGCCUGGCGAAGGAUUUUUACCACGUGAAACAGCAAAGCAUCAUCGUGAUCAUGUUCUUAGUGUUCUCCAAGGAGCACUCACUGAUGCAAAACUGACUCUGAAAGAUGUGGACGUUAUUUGCUAUACAAAAGGACCGGGCAUGGGGGCACCCUUAACAACAGUGGCCUUAGUAGCUCGUACAAUUGCCAAAAUGUACGACAAACCUAUCGUAGGAGUCAAUCACUGCAUCGGACAUAUUGAAAUGGGUAGGCUGAUAACCGGGAGUGACAAUCCCAUUGUACUAUACGUAUCUGGUGGUAACACUCAAGUUAUUGCUUAUUCGGAGAGACGUUAUUGUAUUUUUGGAGAGACAAUCGACAUUGCUAUUGGAAAUUGUUUGGAUCGCUUUGCUCGACUUUUGAAAUUAUCUAAUGACCCAAGUCCUGGAUAUAAUAUAGAACAGCUUGCCAAAAGGGGUAAAAAGUUUGCAAAGCUGCCGUACGUUGUAAAAGGCAUGGACGUGUCCUUUUCUGGAAUCCUCACCUACGUGCAAGAACGCCUGCCCAAUUGGUUAAAGUCUGGAGAGUUUUCCGUGGAAGACUUGUGUUUCUCGUUACAAGAAACUUUAUUUGCAAUGCUUAUUGAGAUUACAGAAAGAGCAAUGGCAUACUUAGGUUCUAAAGAAGUGUUGAUAGUGGGAGGGGUUGGAUGCAAUGAAAGAUUACAGGAUAUGAUGCGCAUUAUGUGUGAAGAAAGGAAUGCAGUGUUACAUGCUACAGAUGAGCGAUUUUGCAUCGAUAACGGUGUAAUGAUUGCCGUAGCAGGUUUGCUUCAAUAUAAAAUUUCAGGCGCCACACCGUGGGAAGACACAGCUUGCGAACAAAGAUUUCGUACAGACGACGUCCUUGUGACAUGGAGAGAAUAAAAGUUAUAAACUUCAAAUCGAGUUGAGGAAUUUACAACUACGUCGAGUUAAGACCAGACUCCGAAGUCGCAUUUCUAUCACGGACGUUGGCGAACAAAAUAUUUACGUACUAGUUUCUACAAUCUAUACAAAAUUUUAUGCGAAAUUGUAAUCGUGAUGCUCUAGAUAAAUCUACAUGCACAUAUCUC